CCCACUUUCGUUCGUGGCAGAUAGUCUCGUCUGAUGAAACACUUGAUCAGUCUAUUUUUGAACUGUCAGAAAAUUCGUUACACGACAAUAUUGAUCGUCAAGCGGUGGUCUUGUUUGACACCUCAGUUAUUGGCUAAUAUACAACAGAAGAGGGGAGCAUCAGACUGGGGUCUGCGAAAAGCGAAACAGAAGUCUAAAGUUUUGGCACAGAAUUUAGCCAUGUGUGACCCCGUGAUAGAAGAACAGCUGGCUCCCAUGAGAAAGGCGGUUAAGGAGCAGGGUGAUUUGGUUAGAAAACUCAAAGAGAACAAAGCUCCUGAAAUUGAUUUGCAGCGGGCAAUUGCUGACUUGAAACAUCGAAAAAAACUUCUCGAUGAUAAGGAAUUUGAGCUGUCACCCAAGGAUGAUUUUGACAGAGGACGACUGGAGGACUUACUCAAACAAAGAUUCUUUUAUGAUCAGUCAUUUGCCAUAUAUGGAGGCGUCAAUGGCUUGUAUGAUUUUGGUCCGAUGGGCUGCGCUAUCAAGGCCAAUCUGCUGCAGAUGUGGCGCAAGUUCUUCAUCUUGGAGGAGCAGAUGCUGGAGGUGGACUGUGCCAUGCUGACGCCCGAACCAGUGCUCAAAGCGUCGGGCCACGUAGAGAGGUUUCAGGACUACAUGGUGAAGGACCUGAAGAAUGGCGAGUGUUUCCGGGUCGACCACCUCAUCGAGGCUCACCUCGAGAAACUCCUCACCGACAAGAAGCUGGCCGCGGACAAGAAGGAAGAGAUCAGACAGCUGUUGCCAAGGAUUGAUGGAAUGGACAAGACUCAGUUUGGCGAGACGGUCAGGAAGUUCAACAUGAAAUCACCGAUUACCGGCAACGAUCUCUCCGAUCCCAUCGACUUCAACCUCAUGUUCUCCACGUCUAUUGGUCCCACUGGCCAGCUCAAAGGAUUUCUGAGACCUGAAACUGCUCAGGGUAUAUUUGUCAACUUCAAACGCCUUCUUGAGUUUAACCAGGGUAAACUUCCAUUUGCCGGUGCUCAGAUCGGUAAUGCAUUCCGGAAUGAAAUCUCGCCCAGAUCUGGGCUCAUAAGAGUCAGAGAGUUCACAAUGGCGGAAAUAGAACAUUUCUGUGACCCGCUGAACAAAGACCACCCAAAGUUCAACGACGUUGCUGACGUAGAGGUAAUGAUGUAUUCUGGGUGUGCUCAAAUGGACGGCAGGCCCAUGACAAUGGUCAAGAUUGGUGAUGCUGUGAAAUCGCGAUUGAUUGCCAAUCAGACACUGGGGUACUUCAUGGCAAGAAUUUACUUGUUCAUGAUAAAAGUUGGUGUCGAUCCAAAGAAGUUCCGCUUCCGACAGCAUUUGUCAAAUGAAAUGGCUCACUAUGCCUGUGACUGCUGGGAUGCUGAGUGUAAAACAUCUUAUGGCUGGAUAGAGUGUGUGGGUUGUGCGGACCGAUCAUGCUACGAUCUAACUCAGCACACCAAGGCUACUGGAGUCAAACUGCAAGCUGAAAAAAAACUACAAGAACCAAAAACGAUUGAGGUCACCGAGUGCUCUCCCACGAAAGGUGUGCUGGGAAAAACAUUUAAACAAGACGCUAAAGCAAUAACGGAGCACCUCACACAGCUUUCCUUCCGACGAGCUCAAAGAGAUGCACAACGUUUUACAAGAUCAAGGGCAAUGAAUAUUGAAGUAAAUGGGAAGCACUUCACCCUGAAACCUGACAUGAUCACAAUAAAGACAUAUGAGAAAGUUAUACAUGUUGAAGAAUUUGUGCCAUCAGUGAUAGAACCAUCGUUUGGUAUUGGCCGAAUCAUGUAUUCUGUGUUUGAACACAACUUCAAAACCAGAGAGGGCGAUGAACAGCGGACAUAUUUGACCAUACCACCUGUGAUAGCUCCAUACAAAUGUUCAGUCUUGCCUCUCAGUGGUAAUCCAGAAUUCCACCCAUUUGUGAAGCAACUCUCACAAGCUCUCACAAAGUUCGACAUCUCGCACAAAGUAGAUGACAGCAGCGGGUCGAUUGGGCGUCGGUACGCUCGUACCGAUCAGAUCGCCAUUCCAUACGGCAUCACGGUAGAUUUUGACAGUCUGAAGGAACCACACUCCGCUACUCUUAGAGAGCGUGACUCCAUGAAGCAGAUACGAGCACCGAUUGCCGAGUUGCCUGGGUUAGUACGAGAUCUGUCACUAAGUUUGCGGACAUGGGAAGAUGUGCUGAACAACUACCCGAUAUUUGAACAACAACAGUCGACAAAAACAGACGCACAGUAAACAAAACUAUCUGACGGAUUACAAUGACAGUGAAUUGUGCCAUCGAUUCAGCAGUAGCUGAGAAAACUUUAAGAACAUUGAUACAACCAGUGUGACAUGAAUCACAAUACAUAUUAUUUAUAUGUAAAUACAUUUAAUACACAUUGGAAAUAA